CAGCGGAUGGCUUCAUUCAUGAGUACAACAUCUACUACGCUGCACCGUGAAAAACCGGCCGGCGUCCGCCACGGGCUUUCCGUUAAAGGACCGUACAUGGAUCUAUAAUCUCGCGGGGGUUUUUUUUUUUUUUUUUUUCCUUCUUCUUCUUCUUGAACAGCGGAUAAGUUAGAGAACGACCAGGAUUUUUUUUUUUUUUUUUACAAGCCAACCAUAUUAAAAGCAGACGGAGUUCAGCUGGAGCGAGUUUUCCCUCAUCGCGAGGAGUUGGAUUAAGUUUCUUCAUGCAACUUUUUUGGAAAGAAACCAAGACCAUCUCGCUGGGAAACAACAAGAAACUUAACGGUGACACCGUGCGCUCCCUGAUCACUGCAGGUGCCGCCUUCUCCUUCAGUCCCUCCGGGGAGAUGUACCAAGGGUUUCCCGGCGACCCCGACAGCGGAUCCCGUGGAAGCUCGUCUCCGUCCAUAGAGUCCCAGUACCUAUCCUCCGUGGACUCCUUCGGGAGCCCGCCCACCACCAGUGCUCCGCAGGAGUGUGUUUCAGCGGGUGCUGGCUUGAGCAUUGUGGGCAGCGGGCCAGGAAGCAGUGUCGGAGGUGAGAUGCCAGGUUCAUUCGUGCCCACCGUCACCGCCAUAACUACCAGUCAGGACCUGCAGUGGAUGGUGCAGCCAACCCUCAUCUCCUCCCAGGCCUCCGGGCAGAGUAGCUCCACUGGCACCUCGACCAUGACCCAGCCAGUGUCUCUGGUGGACCCGUACGACAUGCCGGGCCCCAGCUACUCCUCGGGGUCCUGUUUCACCCCUCCCAGUUCAGAAACCCCAGUGCCGGCGCCGGGUCCCAUCCGGCAGUCCAGACCCCGCAGCCGCCGUGCACGAGACGAGUCUGUGAGUGAAGAUGGAGAUGUUGGUGUGUUACUAACACCUGAGGAGGAGGAGAAGAGGCGCGUUCGCCGAGAGAGAAACAAGCUGGCUGCUGCCAAAUGCAGAAACCGCAGACGGGAACUGACAGACAGGCUGCAAUCGGAAACUGACGUACUUGAGGAAGAGAAGGCGGAGCUGGAGGCCGAGAUCUCCGAACUGCAGAAGGAGAAAGAGCGUCUGGAGUUUGUACUGGUGGCCCACCAGCCAAACUGCAAGAUCCCGUACCAGGAGCAGGCUCAGCAGGCCUCAGUGCAGUCCCAGCUCGCUCCUCAGAGCCUGCCACCUCCCGUCUCCAUUGUGGGCUUGACUGUGAAGGAGGACUCUUUCUAUCUCCCUCCUGCCUACUCUGCUCACCCGGCCCCCACACAGCCCCAGCCUCCGUUGCAGCAUCAGCAAGUCCAGCAGCAGCAGCAGCAGCAGCAGCAGCCUCAAGCAGGGAUGAUGCAGGAGGUAGAGUUUUCUAGUUCUUUCUACGGCUCAGCUGAGCCAGCACCUGGUGGGCCAUGCCUUAUGGCCAGUGACAGUGGUGGUGGUGUUAACCAUGACGAUGCCCCCAUUGGCAGUUACAACACCUCAUACACAUCUUCAUUUGUGUUCACCUACCCAGAGGGAGCCUGCGGGGUCAGUGCCAACCAGCGGAACAGCAGUAGCGAGCAGUCAUCCGAUUCCCUGAACUCGCCUUCGCUGCUGGCGCUCUGACUGACCGACAGACACAUGCAUGCACAAAUUACCACUCACAUGCCCAAUGCUCACUGGACGCAGAGGCUGACACGAGUACACGCACAGUGCCAAUCAGUCUCCCAGAUUGAGGAAAAACAAAGUGCCAAUCAUUUGAACCUGAUUGGGUGACAGUUUACACGUCCGGAAAUAUAUUCCUAUCGAGAGCCAUAGAAAAAAAUGAAAUGAAUAAAUUGCACAUCAGAUCGAGCCUUUAACAUUUGAGCUACAGCAAAGAAUACAUUCUUGUUUUGUAUUUAGUCGAAUAGUUGUAACAGGGCACGAUUAAUGCCUUUCUAAAACAAAAAAGAAAAAAGUGCAUUACGAAAACCUGCAGAGCCUCUUCAAACCUCUUUAACUUUUCCACAUUUUGUCACAUUAAACCGCAAACUUCAAAGCGUUUCAUUGGGCCUUUAUGUGACGGUCCAGCAGAGAGUAGCCGAUACUUGCUAAUUGAAAGGAAACGGAUUUCUCACAGAUAAAGUUCAAAGAAGGAACGUGCAUUUAUAAGACAAUCCUUUGGUGGUGUUGGUGUCAUUUGGUUUACGUCUCUGACAGCCUUGUUCAUCUGGAGACUGUAAUUGUUGUCCAUUGUUUCUUUCAAAAUAGCUCAAACUCAGACAUAUUGGCUGGAGAGCAUCAGUGAACACCAAUUUUCAGCACCUGUCAUGGAUUUUGAACUGGACCUGGGUCCAAACUUUAACGAAUCCAUCGUAAAGCAGACGCAUCGGUUGAUCUAAACUCUUCCAUUAAAUCUUUGCUUGUACGUUUGAAGUUAUUGAGCUGCUGGAAGGCGAACCUCCACCUCAGACUUAAGGUCUAUCUCCAGGGUUUAUCCUCCAAGGUUGUUCUGUGUUUAUCUCCGUCCAUCUGCCAGCCAACUCCGACCGCACACUUGCUUGUGCCCCUUUACACGGCUUGUUGAAAAUUGCGAAGGGUUCUUCUAUUGGCUCUCUUUCAACAAUUCAUCAAUCUUGCAAUUUUUCUAUAAGAGCCAUGACUUGUGGGACUGACCACCGGUUGAUGUUUAGUAAACAUCAACCGGUGUUUGAUGUUUAGCUCGGGUUGAUGUUUAGUAAACAUCAACCCGAGCUGUGGAUCUCUAAAGCUCCCCCAGAGAUACCACGGGCCUCUUGGCUGCUUUUGGAUAUAAAGUGACAAAGUGUGGAAAAUUCAAGGCGUAUGAAAGCCUUUUGCAAGGGACUGCUCGUUACCAGUCUAAAGUGCUCUGAUUUAAAGAACUGAUUCACAAUGAAUUUUUCUUAUUAAAAUACUCUCAUUGAGUAAAAUAGAUGUUAUUGCUGCACCCCAACACGCACCAGUGCCCCCACCUUGUUCCCUCUGUCGGUUGCCCUUCUGCUAGUGCUCUUGCUUUCAUUCUUGUCCAUUAUCUUUUUUUUUUUUUUUUUUUCCCCUCGUCCUCCCUGUUGUUGAAUGUAUUUGUGCAGAUCUGAAAUAAAGGACCAAGGACAAUUUGUUCGGGGUCUUUUCUUGUGGAAGACAGACACAGCUCGCUCACCCGUAACCUUCCAUCUGCUCGGCUGCUCUAUAUGCUUCUUCAUUUGCUGCUUGGACUUGGCGAGUUGAGGAUCUGAGUAUCACAGCCUCCUCUAAAUCUUGUGCUUUUUGUUUAAAAAAAAAAAAAAAAAAAAAUCAAACUUCCACCGUCUGCCUACCUGCCAUGCGACCCAUCUCUACCCAUCUCUGUUUUUUUUUCUCCUCUUCUGUCUCUUUUAUUUCUCCCUCUCUCUUUGAAGUCCUCGACCACUGAGAGCCCGGAGAACCCCUCCAGCCCCUGGGACCUUGAGUGAAAAAGCCGGCGCAACUAACACUCCCCACUUUUGCACCCCAGUCAUUCAAGGAUCUGGACGUCCAAACAAGAAGAACCUCUCCUUUUUGGAGCUCACUGCUCAGAUUCCUUUUUACGAUCUGAAACAGCAGCUAUAUACGUACCUUUAACACGCACACGGAUGCAUAAAGCGCGACAUGAAAUGCCACUGUCUUCUGCUGAGCCAUUUUUCAUAUUGUUCGCACGAUGAAGAUUAGAUACAUCUGCUGUGCUGGAGAGUUAAAAGCGAAUAGGGACUGAGUGGAGGCACGGAGGACAGACGCCUGCGGAGAAUAUCCUAUCAUCUGUUUUGGGUGUAGAUAUGAUAAAGUAACGGGUGGACAAAAGAAAAAAAAAGAAAGAGAGGGACCAAAAAACAAAAGGAAAGCACUUCUGUAAAGAUGUGACCUCAAAAAAAAAAAAAAAAGGCAUCUUCACUUUACAGAAACUCAACGCCCGGGGUCGACGCGCUGAGUUUACUCUCAUGGGCGCUUUCAAGUCUCUGAAAUCAGAAGUUUAGCUGCAGCAACUCAGAGAUUCAUCAGAUGUGAGCCAAUGCAUUCAUACAGAGGAGGGACUUGUAUCCGUUUUAUUUUAUUUUUAAAAAAAGUGUUUCAGACAACCUCUAAACGUUGGGCUCGGUGGUCUCUGCUUCCUGUCCCCUGUUCUCCCGGUGCAGAGCUGAGGAGGCGUUUAUUGUGAGUGGGUCGUCCACUCUGAGGCACCUGGCCCGUUUAUUUCUUUCUUUAUUGAGGUUGAAACGACGAUCCGAGCACAAGGCAAGACCCGGAAAAACAACAACAACAACAACAAGAAAACAAAUGGAGAGAGAGAACACGGGGCUGAUGUUGUGGAGUGAGCGUCCUUUUUUUUUUUUGCCUGUGAAUUUGUACCUUUUUUUUUUUCCUCUGUAUUGUUUGAGUGAAAACUGUUAUAUAUUUCAGUGUUUGUUUAUGUGACUUAUUGUUCUUGCUUUCUCCUGUGCUGUUGCCAUUUUUUUUAAAUAAUUAUUUUUAAAUUUCCGUUUUGUUCAAUUUAUUUGGGAGAUUUCUUCAUAACUGUUACUAUUACUGUUUUGCAUUGUAGCUAAUUGUUGUUGUUUUUUUUAGUUUAUUAUAUUUUCAUUUGGCAACUUUGGAGGCAUAAUAUGUGCACUACAAAAAAAAAAAGAAUUUGAAUUAAACGUUUAUAUGCAUAUACAUUUAAACGGUAACAUGUAUAUGUAUACGUGUUAUGUACCAUGAUUGUAAUGUAUGAAUGUCUGCAUAUAUAAAUGGGAUAUUUUUGUCAAUGAAGAACAAGGUAAAAGUACAAAAAAAUAAUAUUUAAAAAAAAAUACAUAUUUUUAUAAAGCAAGAAAAAAAAUUGAAUUUAAAAUACUGCCCUGUCCCUGAACAUGAAGCACGAUGUCACUGCCUUUGUCAAUAUGUAUUUAUGUUUUAUAAACAAUAUAAAAGCACUAUCCAAUUUACAUUUAUUGUAUGUUUAUAACAAUGAUGUUAGAAGAUUGUGGUUUUUGUUUGUGAGGUCUGUCCCAAAGCUACUGACCCCUUCAUGCCUCCUGUGAGUGAAUGUCAACAGAUGUAUUUGUAACUUGGUUCAUUUUUAAAAGGUCAAAGUUUCACUCACACACACACACACACGCACACACACCCACACACGAUGCAUAUCUGCCCUGGACUAUCGCCUUGCAAAUUUCCAGAAAUGUUUGUUUGAAGGAUAAUAUUUAGUAAAAUGUGUUCUCAAAAAAAACUUAAAAAUUGUAUUGUUUGCAAAAAAAAAGAAGGCUUUAUUUUGAUCUAAUAAACUUGCUUAUUGAAAAACAUCAGCAUGAUUAAGGGUUUCUGCAAGGUCUUGAGAAGUCAUUAAAAAUUCUAAAUUUCAUAUGUACUGAUUUAAAAAAAUUCCCAAUUUGGUCUCAAAUUAUAUUUGGUUAUGUCUUAAAUUUGUACAUUUAUUCAGUUGUUGCUUGUACCAUCUUCUUUUUAUUAUGUUAUUUCUUGAGAAAUGUGCUGGAAACAUGUGUUUCUUCUCUUAAUUGUUACUCUUGCUGAGAAACUGAGGUGCUAUCACAUUGUUGAAUGAAUUAGCCUAGUCAAAGGAAAUGUACCAUUCAGACAUUCAGCUGUUCCUGCGAACCUGCAAAGAAUUAUUGUUUUAAAAGUGGAUGACUGUAAGUUUAGGCAAAGAAAAUCCAAACGGUUUUUGUUAGGUGAGCCGCUAUCUGCUCCUUCUUCAUCGUGGGAAAAGGUACAUUUAAGUUAACUGGAAAACAGGGACUAAAAUAAGGCUAAAAUAUAUUGUAAGCUACAGUCUUGAAGCUAGCAAUUAGCUAUACUGUAAUAAGAUGUUGAAGCUAGGUGGGAAUAAAUGGCAAAGCCAAAAAACUCAAAUUUAGGCUUAGAAAGUUACAUUUGUCUUGCUUAAGCUAUGGAAUAAGUGAAAAAAAUCUGAGUGAUUAAAGUAAGAAAAGUGUCUAAAUAUAUAUUGUUUAUCUACUUUUGGAUCAGCAUUGUUUUGAAACUCAAAUGUCACCAAAAACUUGCAGAAACCCUGGACAAAUAGCAUGAUAGUUUGCUCCAUCUUGGCUCCUGGUGGUCAGAAAAGGGGCAGACCUCAUGUUUUUAUUUUGUUUUAUUUUAUUUGAUUUUUCCUUCUCUAAUCUUGAAUAAGGACUGUGUAAAAAUGCUGGAGAUGCCUUUUUUUUUCACUUUCCCAAAAAUGCAAAUGUGAUGACAAAUUAUGUACUGGUGUCGGAGUAAGCAUAAAACAUAUUCAAUAGUUCUCAUGUACAUAGGUUUUCGUGGUGCUACAUAUGCUAAACGAGGCAGAUCAGAAAACGUGGCGGUGGAGUUUAGCGGUGGAAAGGCUGCACACUGCCAUUGCUGUGGCUCAAAGUGAAUGGAAAGUCCUGCUUGCCUGAUUUUCUUUAUUUAGACUGGAAACCAAAGGGAGGGAUGUUUUUUGUUUUGUCUUUUGUUUUAAAGAGCAAAAAGUCUGAGAUCCAAGAGGUUAAUUCCCACUGCCUGCUCCUUCAGUGUAACAAAUUGAUCUCUGAAGGUCCCUCCCUCACCCUGUCAGCACAUAUGAUUUCAUCUGUUUGUGUUUGCUCUAAAUGCCUGAAAGUUUACAGGCGAAAAAAGAAGAAAGAGCGCUUUGCCAAUUGAUUGGAAAUGGAGACUUUACAGAAGGAAAACGGAUGUAUAGGCAGCUUAAUAAAUCCGAGACAGACAGCCUGCCUGCGUCUACAUGUACUGUUAUGCUGCAAUAGCAUUAACUGAAUAAGAGCUUUCCUAUUUUUCUAUGAUGAGGUGAAUGUUGCUACGUGUCUUUAUUUUUCCAGAGUUCUCCGUUCGCCGCUCACAUUAUCCCUGUUAUGAAAUGCAAUACUUACAGUAUGAACUUAAUGUAGCAUAUCCUGCAGUAAUAAGACACACUGCUACUCUGUCAAGUGUGAUGAUGUAUUGCUAUACCUAUCCACUUUUGUUACAGUAUUAAAUAUAAAUACGUACAUAAAUAUUCAUAGUGACAUUUAUUUUGAGACAAUCUUGAUGAAAAAGAGAUAGCUCGGAGGUGUACAUGUUUUUUUAAUUUACUGAUGAUGAACGGUUUCAGAAAACUUCUGUCUCUUCUUUUUAUUGUUUUUACAAUUUCUAUUUCUUUUUUUUUUUUUUCUAGGAGCAAAACAUUUACCAUUUAGUGCUUUCCGAAUAUAUAGAAACAAAAACAAAUGUGAAAUAUUUUUGAACUUAUGCCCAAAGAAGAUUAAUUUAAACAUGUUACUUGAGGCGCAUGGAUGAAAAUAUGUCGUGUUCAGGAGCGUUCUCUGACCUUAUUUGUCACUCCUGAAAAAACAAAACCAAACAAACAAAAGAAAAACAGAAAAAAUAUAUAUAUAUAUAUGAAAUAUUUAGUGUUUCCUUUACUGCUCCAGCUCGCUGACUCUUUCUGUGCAGACAUUAGCCUCUGAUCCUAUUUAAUGUUAUGAAAAGUUUACAUUAUAAUGUUUUUCCUCUUGAUUGUAAAAUGCCGCGGGAGCUUAAACUUUUGCUGAUGGUUACACUACCAUUUGAAAUUUGUGAAGAAAACGUAAAUAAAAAUCAUAUUAUAAAGUG